AUGCCUCGCGGACCAAUCUCAAAACUCAUCGGCGGCGCCGUUGACUUCACCAAGGAAUACCGCGCGGAUCAAAAGGAGCAAAAGGAACGCAAAGAGGCGCGCGAGAAAGCAACAGCCGAAGCGUCAGCACAGCAGCAAAACAGCCAGUUGGGCGUCCCACAGCACAAUUCCACCACUGAAUCUGGUCUCAGUGCGUCUGAGGAUGACUCGAGCGACAGCGAAGACUGGGCAGUUGAACUGGACGAGGCUCAACAACGUCAACGCAACUUGAAUGAAGCCCAGAGAGGAGACGAGAACAUCGACGCCGACGAGAUCUUGCGGAGGUUCCUUGAACAGCACCCUCCACCUCCGUAUGAGGCAGUUGACCACCAACACGGCCCAUUGCCCAUGCCGGUGAUUCUCCCUCAACGCCGCCCCGAGUCGCAUCACCGAGGUUUCGUCCGGGCCUAUGCACCUGUGCUUGAAGACUGCGGCAUCGACCAGGCGACCUGGCUGGAGUUUCUGGACGGGUUUGAGAAAAGCAUCAAAGCCAAUCCAUGGUUCAACGUCCUGAACGCCGGCGUCAUGGUCGCUCAUGUAGCCGAAACCGCCGUCUCCGGAUUCAGCCCCAUCUCAAUGCUUGUGACGAUGGCUGUACACACGGGAUUGGAGGCUUCUCGCAGGACCUACAUCCACGCCAGGCAGAAUGGCUAUCUGGACAAGAUGAACGAGAAGUUCUUCAAGCCACGUGGAUUGUUUUGUCUGGUUGUCAAAUACAAGCCCUCAGGCAAGGAGAUCGUGGAGGACGUCGACCUCGACAGCAAUAUUGCCAAAGCUGUUGAAGGCAGGGAUGGACAGAGCAAGUGGAAGAAUGCAUUUAGCUCGGCCUCUACGACGACCAAGAACGAGGUCGAGAUUCCGGAACCGGCACCGUUGGUGUUCCCCGACCUGGACGCCUUGGAUGAUGGGAAGAAGCAAAAUGCCGCCAAGGAGUUUGGGCAGUUCGUCACGAAGUACUUCGAUCGUCGCGCUGCUUCCAAGUUUGAGGCCGAGAACCCGAAUUCCAAGAUCCCGCAGCCGCCGCACAAGGAACAGAGCAACGUCUCGGCGAACAGCAGCGGAGGGCUCUUGUCAAUGGCAACUGGUGGAAAGGUUGUUGGGCCCGUUGGCCGCAUUCAGCAGAGGCGAAAUGACCGUCGCGAGAUGAUGGGCAUCGAGCGCCGUGUUGGUCGGGAUGCGAGGAAGAAGAGGAAGAAGAACCGACCGCUCAAGAAGAUGAUGAAGCAGGAUGCUCUGUACUUGAUGGUGGUCAAUCUCCCAAGUCAGGAGGAGAUGGAUGCUGUCGCAGCCAGCCUGGAGGUACAGUAG